AUGUUCAGACUUUUUCUGAUUCUCACUUUAGUGCAUUUCAUUUUAGCUAAAGGAGGACGAGGUUAUAAAAUCAGUGAGCAUGCUGUCAACUCUGGCAAAUUUGGCUACACUGGAUGUCCUUCAAAUAAUGAUUUCUACUACGAAGGUAUAAUUACAUCGCCGCUUUAUCCGGAUUCCUAUCCACCAAGUACUGAAUGCUACUAUUACAUGACAGCUGCACCAGGAAAAGUCCUUAGCUUCAACUUCACCCAUUACGAUUUGGAAACAUGCUGCGAUUACGUGACAAUUUACGAUGGAAAUGGAAUAAAGAGCCCCAAACUUGUGCAAUUUGGUGGCCCAGGAGCAUCAAUCCUAACUCCUGAUGGGAUCUAUAGAACCACGCAACGAAACGCCCUUGUUACAUUUCAAUCCGAUAAAAUUAUUCAGCAAAGUGGAUUUGAAUGCCGAUACGACUCAGUGUACACUGCAACACCAUGUAAUCGCGAUAUAAUACUGAUGUUGAGCGGGCUGUCAACCGUUGGUUCUCAAGACAACUUCGUGAAGCAGCUGAACUUUGUCGCUAAUGUUCUUACUCCAACCUGGACCGUUGCUCCAGACAAAAUUCGCGUUGUCAUCAACCUCAUUAUCGAUGCCGAUUAUGCUGUAGUCUGGACUACAGAUGAUUUGGCAGAUAAUCAAAAACUCACGCAGGCUAUUCUUGGCAUGACUGAAGAUGUUCCAGACGUUAGUCAGAAUAACAACACCGACAUUACGAGUGUUUUCAAAUACGCUCAAGGAGCCGUCAGCUUCGAUACGGGUGAAGACAAAGAGCGAAAUGGCAUAAGCAAAGUUGUCAUCGCAUUUGUACCGCAGGAUCCAAACAAUGAUCAAGAUUUCUAUGAAGCUAAAGAGUUUGCACAUACUAUACAUACUACGGACAAUAGCAAGGUGAUCGUGGUGGCAAUGGGAAAAAACCUCGAUGUUGCUCGACUCAGCCAACUUAGCUACGGAAGUGAAUUCACAUUUUCUGCUGACUACGACAAUCUGGCAAGCUUGAUUCCAGCCAUAAAUAAGGCCAUCUGUGCCGAUCCGUUAAGUAGUUGCGGUGCAUGA